CCGAAUCCUCGAGGCAAACGAUCACGUGAGCAUGCUUUGGACGCGUCAAGUUGAUUUUUGAACGAAACGAGGCAUCCCGCAAACUCCUGCAUCAUUACUCCCUUCAUAAUUGCUCGCUGCGUCGAGCUAACAUCUUUCAUCGCGACCGUAGUGCACAGUGACAACCACCCAAUUUGUUCUAUACAGUCUGACAGUCCUUAACCAAGCCAUGGUUGCCGCUGGCUCCAUCACUGUUGCGGUCCGUGUCAGACCUCCCACAACAUGGGAAGCUGCGCGUCUCCCAGAGCCCUCUUAUGAUACUACAAUUCGCGGUGACGGCACCCUUGCAACACCAGGAAGACCUGUAAUCCAGUCAGCACCUCUUCGCGACAUCGUGCAAAUUGUCGAUGACCGCAUUCUUACAUUUGAUCCAGAGGAGAGAGAUAAAACCCGUGCGUUUGUCGAGCGCGGGUUUGUGCCCCCUGGGACAAAGAGAUACAAGGACAAGAGAUUCAUGUUUGAUCGAGUAUUCGACAGUGGGGCGAGACAGGGUGAUGUCUAUGAAGCCACCGCGAAGCCACUAUUAAAUGGUCUUCUGGACGGCUACAAUGCUACCGUAUUUGCCUAUGGGGCAACAGGGUGUGGUAAAACACAUACCAUCAGCGGGACUGAAGGAGAUCCUGGUAUCAUCUACCUCACAAUGGCGGACCUCUUCCAACGCAUCGAGGAUCGAAAGGAUGACUGGAACAUAGAAGUUGUUGCUACUUUUCUCGAAAUCUACAACGAAGAGAUCCGAGAUCUACUCUCCGAGCCUGGCAUGCCCACUCCGCGUGGCGGUCUGCAAAUUCGUGAAGACAAAUCCGUCAAGGUCGUGGGCCUCGUCGAGCUCCGUCCCACUAGCGCAGAGGAAGUCAAACAGAUUGUCCUCCAGGGUAACUUGCGGAGGACACAGUCCCCAACCCACGCGAAUGAGACAUCGUCUCGAUCGCACGCAGUCCUUCAGGUGCAUGUCACUCAAGCGCCUCGCACGGCUUCUCUGACUGAGCAGCGCACCAUGGCAACACUCUCUAUUAUUGAUCUUGCUGGUAGUGAGCGUGCUGCGGCAACGAGCAAUAUGGGACAGCGCAUGGUUGAAGGUGCUAACAUCAACAAGUCACUUCUCGCGCUCGGCAAUUGCAUUAACGCGCUCUGUGAGAGCGGUGGCGCUAUCCGCCAUGUGCCUUAUCGCAACAGCAAACUUACUCGACUGCUAAAGUUCUCACUUGGUGGAAACUGUAAGACCGUCAUGGUCGUUUGUAUUGCCCCUACAUCGCAGCACUUCGAUGAUACGCACAACACCCUCCUUUAUGCCGAACGUGCUACGAAAAUCAAGACCAAGGUUGUCACCCGUAAUGUUGUCAACGUCGACAGACACGUAGGUCAAUACGUCGAGGCUAUCAAUAGACUCAACCUCGAAGUUGCCGAGCUCAAAGCCAAGCUUGCUGGCAAGCUCGGCGCUGAGAACGACAUUCUCAGGCGCAAGCGAGCAGAGGCUGCUGCUGAAGUUGAUCGUUCUAAACGAGAUAUGCAAGAUAAGAUGGAGCAGACUCAAGCCAGCAUAGUUGAGGGCGCGUCAUGUGCUGGAAAGAUCUCGGUAGCAGAGAUGAAACUUUCCAUUAUCCGCUCUCGGCUUGCGCAGAUUGAUGCAAUGGCCUCGUCAUCUCUCCCGCUUUCUUCAGACCUCGAAGCGGAGCGUGCCCUGCUCAAAUCUCUCGCUCGCCUCGAGGAAUCCGUAACAACUCCCGAUUCCCCCUUCGUAACUCGUCUCACGCGGUCCCAAAACUCCCGUAACAUGUUUGAGGCGACCUUGCGCGCAGUCUCAGAACGACGGUCCGAUAAACUAGAGGAGCUGCACGUCGACUGCAUCAAGACAGACGCACGCUACCGUAAGGCAGAGGUUGAGCGCAUACGAGCUGAAAGAGAACGUGACGCAGUCCGGGAGUCGGUGCGCGCUCAAUCGGAGAUGAUCAUCAGCCUCCUGGGUAUGGUCGGUCGAUGCACAGUUGUACUAGGAGAGACAGCCCGUUCUCUAGAAGUACAACAUGGCUUCGAAGGAAUGGCAUCUGCACUUCGCAGUACGGCGCAGAAAAAUGACGACGCAUUUGCAGCCCUGGUAGGACAAACUACGGCGGCAUAUGCGGCUCAUGGGACGGGUGCUCUUGAUACACUCCGCGUACCAUCAGGUUCGGCACUACCGCAGGCUGUCAAAGCUUCCAGAAAGUCCAUGUCCUACAAUGCUAUCGCUUCACCUUCACGGCGGACGUGCAAGUCACCACGACGCUCACUGCGAUCCAGUAUCGGUCAACCCUACCGCCGCGUCUCCGACAAGGAGAAGGAGAAGAAGGUCGUCCAAUGGAAAGAUGAAGCCGGACAAGGUGCAUUGGAUGAUAGGGGAAACGCCCCAUCCCAUCCAGUUAUUCUCGUUACGUCCAGCGAUAGCAGCGAAAGUGUUAAUGGACGCUGUCAUUCUGUUGCUGGGUCCGAGAGCGAAUGGGAAGACGAGCGGACAGAAGACAGUUUCAACCUGAGCAACAUCAUACUUCCCGCAACAUCCUCUUCAUCGUCGGCAAGGCUCAAUUCUUCCAUGAGCCUUCACUCGAGCACAAGCAAGCGCCCACGAGCAAACCGCCUGGACCCGAGCUUUCUCAAAAUGAAAGGCGCAUCUUCCCUUGGCUGUCUUCAGGAGGCGGACGAAGACUCACCAAUGCGGCGUGCAUCACCACUCUCAAACCGCAGCAUGAAUAGUCAAGAUAUAGAAUCCCUGCACAUUCCGAAAUACAAGGACCGUGAUGCUAGCCCAACGCCACGCCUUCCUACAUCAACCUCCCGUACAACAACACAGUCCAAAAGCUACCGACGGCGCUCGAACAUUGGUCCCAUGCGCAGCGAGAAGGCAAGAAGACGAUCUAGCAUGAUCCUCCAGUCAUCCGAAGACGCUCCGUUGUACGAGUCCACAAGUGGGCCCAGACGCGUAGAAACAAUCGGGCGUUCACCUACGAAGAGGCCAAAGAGACUUUCACUUCUUGCCAAUGCAUCAAGGUCCUUGCGGGUGAAGGGACCCAAUGUGAUGGCAGCCCUCCCAGUGCCCAGCAGCGAUACGAGUGCUAAUAUCAGCGCGGACCUGAGCAUUCUGCCUGAUUCGAGCAUGAGAGUAUCCUCAAAGCCUACGUGGAGAUGAGUAACUGCAUUUUUUUUCUGUUCAUUAGACGGAGAGGCGAUGCCUCCCCUGUACUUUUAUUUGUGUCUUACACAGUAUCGCUCCUUGUGCUAUCAUGACGAAUAUGACGAAUCACCCAUUCCUACUAUACUAGCUGUGUCUCGCUAUAUCCCGUGUUGUUUCAUUCUUCGUAUUUUGUCGGAGGGUCCAUAUUGCACUUGCACAUAUCCUCCCUGUAUGCUACCGGUCAUCAUGUUACUUUACAUUGAUCUAUGUAUAUUUGCUACUCUGUUGUUUGUAUAAUCGAAGUUGUGCUGUUAGGCAAGUCAUUGAGAUAUCUUUGAGUACUUGAGAAGUAUAAGUU